ACAGUGACAAAAUUUAUACGUAUUGGUAUUGCCGAUAAAAACGAUAAUCCACCAUAUUUCGAUAAAUCACUAUACGAGGCUGAAGUUGAUGAAAAUGAAGAUAUUCAACAUACUGUACUUACUGUCACCGCCAAAGAUCACGAUGAGUCCUCGCGUAUUCGAUACGAGAUUACAAGCGGUAACAUAGGCGGUGCAUUUGCUGUAAAAAAUAUGACCGGAGCGAUAUAUGUCGCUGGCGCUCUGGAUUAUGAAACAAGAAGACGGUAUGAAUUACGAUUAGCGGCAUCAGAUAAUCUUAAGGAAAAUUAUACGACAGUUAUUAUACAUGUUAAAGAUGUCAACGAUAAUCCACCUGUAUUUGAACGUCCAACAUAUCGUACACAAAUAACAGAAGAAGAUGAUCGUAAUCUUCCGAAACGUGUUUUACAGGUGACAGCAACUGAUGGUGAUAAAGAUCGGCCUCAAAAUAUUGUUUAUUUCUUAACUGGGCAAGGUAUUGAUCCAGAUAAUCCAGCCAAUAGUAAAUUUGAUAUUAAUCGAACAACCGGAGAAAUUUUUGUAUUAAAACCUUUGGAUCGUGAUCAGCCGAAUGGACGACCACAAUGGCGAUUUACUGUAUUUGCACAAGAUGAAGGUGGUGAAGGUUUAGUUGGUUAUGCUGAUGUUCAAGUUAAUCUAAAAGAUAUUAAUGAUAAUGCACCAAUAUUCCCACAAGGUGUAUAUUUUGGUAAUGUUACAGAAAAUGGUACUGCUGGUAUGGUUGUUAUGACAAUGACCGCUGUCGAUUAUGAUGAUCCAAAUGAAGGUUCAAAUGCAAAAUUAGUUUAUUCUAUAGAAAAGAAUGUUAUUGAAGAAGAAACUGGUUCACCAAUAUUUGAAAUAGAACCGGAUACUGGUGUUAUUAAAACAGCUGUUUGUUGUUUAGAUCGUGAACGUACACCAGAUUAUUCAAUACAAGUUGUUGCUAUGGAUGGUGGUGGUUUAAAGGGUACUGGUACGGCAUCAAUACGUGUUAAAGAUAUUAAUGAUAUGCCACCACAAUUUACAAAAGAUGAAUGGUUUACGGAAGUUGAUGAAACCGAUGGUACUAGUUUACCAGAAAUGCCAAUAUUAACAGUAACUGUACAUGAUGAAGAUGAAACAAAUAAAUUUCAAUAUAAAGUUAUUGAUAAUAGCGGUUAUGGAGCUGAUAAAUUUACAAUGGUACGUAAUAAUGAUGGUACUGGUAGUUUAAAAAUAGUUCAACCAUUAGAUUAUGAAGAUCAAUUACAAAGUAAUGGUUUUCGAUUUAGAAUACAAGUAAAUGAUAAAGGUGAAGAUAAUGAUAAUGAUAAAUACCAUGUUGCAUAUUCAUGGGUUGUAGUUAAAUUACGUGAUAUAAACGACAAUAAACCACAUUUUGAACGGGCUAAUAUUGAAGUAUCAGUUUAUGAAGAUACAAAAGUUGGUACUGUAUUAGAAAAAUUUAAAGCAACUGAUCCAGAUCAAGGUGGUAAAUCUAAAGUAUCCUAUUCAAUAGAUAGAUCAUCAGAUCGUCAAAGACAAUUUAGUAUAAAUCAAGAGGGUUCUGUAUCAAUACAAAGAUCAUUAGAUCGUGAAGUUGUACCACGUCAUCAAGUUAAAAUUUUAGCAAUUGAUGAUGGUAUACCACCAAAAACAGCAACAGCUACAUUAACUGUUAUUGUACAAGAUAUUAAUGAUAAUGCACCGAAAUUUUUAAAAGAUUAUAGACCAGUUUUACCAGAACAUGUACCACCACGUAAAGUUGUUGAAAUUUUAGCAACUGAUGAUGAUGAUCGUUCAAAAAGUAAUGGUCCACCAUUUCAAUUUAGAUUGGAUCCGGGUGCUGAUGAUAUUAUAAGAGCAUCAUUUAAAGUUGAACAAGAUCAAAAGGGUGCAAAUGGUGAUGGUAUGGCAAUUGUUUCAUCAUUACGUUCAUUCGAUAGAGAACAACAAAAAGAAUAUUUAAUACCAAUUGUAAUUAAAGAUCAUGGUAGUCCAGCAAUGACUGGUACAAGUACAUUAACUGUAGUUAUUGGUGAUGUCAAUGACAAUAAAAUGCAACCGGGUUCCAAAGAAGUAUUCGUAUAUAAUUAUCAAGGUCAAUCACCAGAUACACAAAUCGGACGUGUAUAUGUAUAUGAUUUAGAUGAUUGGGAUUUACCUGAUAAAAAAUUCUAUUGGGAACAACAAGAACAUCCUAGAUUUAAAUUAGAUGAAGAUUCUGGUAUGAUAACAAUGAAAGCUGGUACACGUGAAGGUAGAUAUAAUUUACGUUUUAAAGUAUACGAUCGUAAGCAUACACAAACUGAUGUACCAGCAAAUGUGACAAUAACUGUAAGAGAAAUACCCCAUGAUGCUGUUAUUAAUUCUGGCUCAAUAAGAAUAUCUGGUAUUAGUGAUGAAGAUUUUAUACGUGUAUGGAAUUAUAGAACACAAAGUUUAUCCCGUAGUAAAUUGGAUAGAUUCCGUGAUAAAUUAGCUGAUUUAUUAAAUACAGAUAGAGAAAAUGUAGAUAUAUUUAGUGUACAAUUAAAACGUAAGCAUCCACCCUUAACUGAUAUACGUUUCUCAGCACAUGGUUCACCAUACUAUAAACCAGUUAGAUUAAAUGGAAUUGUAUUAAUGCAUCGAGAAGAAAUUGAAAAGGAUGUUGGUAUUAAUAUAACAAUGGUUGGUAUUGAUGAAUGUUUAUAUGAAAAUCAACAAUGUGAAGGUUCAUGUACAAAUAUUUUGGAUAUUAGUUCAUUACCAUAUAUGGUAAAUGCAAAUAAAACAGCAUUAGUUGGUGUAAGAGUUGAUACAUUAGCUGAUUGUACAUGUGGUGCAAGGAAUUUUUCAAAAGGUGAAUCAUGUAGGAAUACACCAUGUUAUAAUGGCGGCAGAUGUAUAGAAACACGUUAUGGCCCACAUUGUUCAUGUCCAACCGGUUAUACUGGACCAAGAUGUCAACAAACAACAAGAAGUUUCCGUGGUAAUGGAUGGGCAUGGUAUCCCCCAUUAGAAAUGUGUGAUAAUUCACAUUUAAGUUUAGAAUUUGCAACUAGAAAACCCGAUGGAUUAAUUUUAUAUAAUGGUCCAAUUGUUCCACCUGAACGUGAUGAAAUGCUUAUAUCUGAUUUCAUAUCAUUAGAAGUUGAAAGAGGAUAUCCGCGUUUAUUAAUUGAUUUCGGUUCUGGUACAUUAGAGUUACGUAUUAAAACUAAAAAGACAUUAGAUGAUGGUGAAUGGCAUCGAAUUGAUUUGUUCUGGGAUACAGAAAAUGUUCGUAUGGUUGUUGAUUAUUGUAAAUCAGCUGAAGUAUCAGAACAAGAAGAUGGUACGCCACCAGAAUUUGAUGAUGGUACAUGUCAAGCACGCGGACAAAUUCCUCCAUUUAAUGAGUACCUGAAUGUUAAUGCACCAUUACAAAUUGGCGGACUUUAUAGAGAACAAUUUGAUCAAUCAUUAUACUUUUGGCAUUAUGCACCAACAUCAAAAUAUUUUGAUGGUUGUAUACGAAAUCUUGUACAUAAUAGUAAAUUAUAUGAUUUAGCGCAUCCAGGAUUAUCGCGUAAUAGUGUUGCCGGUUGUCCACAAACUGAAGAAGUAUGCGCACAAUCAGAACAAACUGCUAGAUGUUGGGAACAUGGUAAUUGUGUGGGUAGUUUUAGUGAAGCAAGAUGUCAAUGCCGUCCCGGUUGGACUGGUCCAUCAUGUAAUAUACCAACUAUACCAACAACAUUUAAACAACAAAGUUAUGUUAAAUAUGCUUUAAGUUUUGAACCAGAUCGUUAUAGUACACAAAUUCAAUUAAGAUUUAGAACACGUGAACAACAUGGUGAAUUAUUUAGAGUUAGUGAUCAGCAUAAUCGUGAAUAUGGAAUAUUAGAAAUUAAAGAAGCUAGAUUGCAUUUCCGUUACAAUUUGAAUUCAUUGAGAACAGAAGAAAAAGAUUUAUGGUUAAAUGCUAUAACAGUUGAUGAUGGUCAAUGGCAUGUAGUUAGAAUAAAUCGUUAUGGUUCAGCGGCAACACUAGAAUUAGAUGGUGGUGAAGGCAGACGUUAUAAUGAAACAUUUGAAUUUGAAGGACAUCAAUGGUUAUUAGUUGAUAAACAAGAAGGUGUUUAUGCUGGCGGUAAAGCUGAAUAUACUGGUGUUAGGACAUUUGAAGUAUAUGCUGAUUAUCAGAAAAGUUGUUUAGAUGAUAUAAGACUUGAAGGAAAACAUUUACCAUUACCACCUGCAAUGAAUGGUACACAAUGGGGACAAGCAACAAUGGCUAGAAAUUUAGAAAAGAAUUGUCCAUCAAAUAAACCAUGCUCGAAUGUGAUAUGUCCAGAACCGUUUGAAUGUGUUGAUUUAUGGAAUGAAUACGAAUGCACUUGUGGUGAAGGAAGAAUAAUGUCACCGGAUGCUAAAAAUUGUUUAGAUCGUAACGAAUGUCUUGAUUUACCAUGUUUAAAUGGUGCAACAUGUGUUAAUUUGGAACCAAAAUUACGUUAUCGUUGCAUAUGCCCAGAUGGUUUCUGGGGUGAAAAUUGUGAAUUAAUACAAGAAGGUCAAACAUUAAAAUUAAGCAUGGGAGCAUUAGCUGCAAUACUUGUUUGUCUACUAAUCAUACUGAUACUCGUAUUAGUAUUUGUUGUAUAUAAUAGACGUCGUGAAGCUCAUAUUAAAUAUCCUGGUCCAGAUGAUGAUGUUAGAGAAAAUAUUAUUAAUUAUGAUGAUGAAGGUGGCGGUGAAGAUGAUAUGACUGCAUUUGAUAUAACACCAUUACAAAUACCAAUUGGUGGUCCAAUGCCUGAAUUAGCACCUAUGAAAAUGCCAAUUAUGUAUCCUGUUAUGACAUUGGCACCAGGACAAGAAUCAAAUGUUGGAAUGUUUAUUGAAGAGCAUAAAAAACGUGCUGAUAGUGAUCCUAAUGCACCACCAUUUGAUGAUUUAAGAAAUUACGCUUAUGAAGGUGGUGGCAGUACUGCUGGUUCAUUAAGUUCUUUAGCUUCAGGAACUGAUGAUGAGGCACAAGAAUAUGAUUAUUUAGGUGCAUGGGGUCCACGUUUCGAUAAAUUAGCAAAUAUGUAUGGACCAGAUCAAGUAAAUACAGAAUUAGAAGAAUUGUAAGUUUCUUAUUUAUAAAAAAAAAAAUUAUUGUAAAAUAAUAUGUUUACUAUACAACAAAAUACAUAAAAAAACAAGAAAGAAAAUUAACAACAACCAAUUAUAUUAAAAAUGAAAAUAAUGAAAUAAUUAAAAUCGAUUGCGACUUCUUUUAUAAUAAAAUGAAAAAUUAAAAAAAAAAAAUUAAAUAAAAAACUUACCAAAAAUUUCAAAAAAAAAAAGAAAAGAAACACUAAAUAUUAGUAUAUAUGUACAUAUAUAUAUGAGUAUAUAUAUAUACAUAUACACAUUUAGUAUAAAACCAAAAUAAAAUUAAUUUUUUUUUUUGUUUUUGAAAAAAAUUGAAUUUUUGAUCCUAUAUAAAUUCUACGAUUGAAUGCAUACAUAUUAUAUUACAUAUAUAACAUAAAUAUAUUAUAAAGUACAUUAAAAAAAUAAAUAACAGCAACAAAAACGAAAAAAAAAAUAAUUAAAAAAUAAACUACAACUACCAAAGAUGACUUUAAAAAUUAAAACAUACCAUAUAGAAAUUAAAAUAAUUAGAAUAUUAAAAAAAAUGAGAAUACAAAAUAAUUAAAAUGAAAAAUAAAGAACAAAAAAUUAUAAAAAUUAAAUAAUAAAUAUUAUGUACACAUUCAUACAAACAUAUAUAC